GUCAGCAGUCCGGGCGGUUGCGCUGGGAAUGAGAGCGGGGCGGAAGCGCCCCUCACGUCAGCAGCCCCGGCGGGCGGGGCCGUCUCUGCAGCGUCACCGGCACUCGGCCUGUGUGUGUGUGUGUGUGUGUGUGCGCGCUGCGGAGAGAGGAUCGGGACAGGCUGCCGCGGCGCUGACGUCACGGGUUUCUAGCAUGUUCUGACGGCGACCGGAUAAAGGGUCGAGGAGAGCGGCUGCGGGCCGUCGUGUGGUGGGGAGAGUCGCCGGCCCGGGCGGUGUUCACCUGGGUGUUCCCUCGGCCAGCCGGGCGCAGGCCCAGCGGGUUAUCACACACAUCAUUUUCGUUUAAAAUACCCUAUUUGUCCGGGUUGCACCGUCGCCGGCCCCUCGCCUGCUGUCGCGAUGGCCAAGUGGGGACAGGGCGACCCGCGCUGGAUCGUGGAGGAGCGGGCCGACGCCACCAACGUCAAUAACUGGCACUGGACAGAAAGAGAUGCCUCAAAUUGGUCAGUAGAUAAACUUAAGUCACUGUUGCUGGCAGUCAGUGUAGAAAACGAAGAGGGAGUGUGCAAAGUCACGGAGGUGACCAAGACUGAUGGAGAAGCUUCAAUCAACAACAGAAAAGGAAAAUUGAUUUUCUUCUUUGAGUGGAACAUCCACUUAUCAUGGAAAGGAACUUCAAAAACUGGAAUUAAGUAUAAAGGAACUGUAGAGAUACCGAAUCUCUCGGAUGAAAAUGACAUUGAUGAAGUGGAUAUUAUUGUUGGCCUGGCAAAAGAUGAACCUGAGACAAAGCUAUUGAAUCUAAUGAAAACUGCUGGUGCAGAUAAGAUCAGGAAGGCACUUCUCAACUAUGUUGACACACUGAAAUUAGAAUUUACUCAAGGAAUGAUAUUGCCAACAGUUAAUGGAGUUCAGAAGGAACAGUCGCAGUCCAAGCCCAAGAUUGAUCUACAGGCCAAGAUUGCUACAUCACAGUUACCUGUCCAGCCUAAAUCAGUUGGGGUGAAGAUUCCGACCUGCAAAAUUAACUUAAAAGAUGAGUUCAUGACAUCACCAGAAGAGCUUUACAAGAUCUUUAUUACAGAAGAGCUUGUCCAGGCUUUCACACAUGCACCAGCUGUUGUAGAGGCUGCCAAGGGAGGAAAAUUUCGAUUGCUUGAUGGGAGUGUCAGUGGAGAAUUCUUGGAACUGGUUUCUGAGCAACGGAUUGUUAUGAAAUGGAGGUACAAGUCAUGGCCAACUGAACAUUAUGCGACCAUUAAGUUAACGUUUUCGGGCAAGAAUGAUGGAACAGAACUUGAAGUGGAGUGCAGAGGCGUUCCAUUAGGCGAGGAAGAUCAGACAAAAGCAGGCUGGCAGCGUUAUUACUUUGACGGCAUUAAGCAGACUUUUGGAUACAAUGUACGACUGGUCUAAUGGGAUAGUUUCUCAAACCCCUAGCUAACUUAUGACUACAGAAAAGCUUUAGACCUUUUUUUUGUUCAUUUCACUGUUCUGUUCAUCCUUUUGUUUACAGUCCAGCCAACCUGCAACUAUGAUUAGCUUUUAAGCAUCCAUCUCCAGCAGAAAGUUUUCCAGCUGCUGAAUUCUCAUUCAGCAAAAGUCUUGAAAUUGGAAAUUUGGCCUGGACUGUGGAAAUUUUAAAUUGUACUAAACUCCCCUUUUGUACAUUGUACUAGUGUGAAAUGCCAGUUCUGAGUCUUGAAUGGUAAAUGCACUGUGCUUUAAAGUGUUAGACCUAUAAUGAAUUGACCAGAGUUGUGAACUAAAGAUUAACUUUAGGACAAGAAAUUUCUCCAAUUACUGUUCCAUCCCCAACAAACCCAAUCCAAUUACUACAGGAUCUGAAAUGUUUGUUUUGAUGGCUUUUCAGAAGAGGGAAAAAAAACCCAGACAGCUUUGCAUCUUCAGUUAUAAAUCAAUAACAACAUUAAAUACAAUGUGCAGUGCAUGGAUCAAACAAAAAGCUAGGAGUAGUAGUGCUCUUGUAUGAGUAGCACCAUUGUCAGCUGUGUUGAGGUCCUAGCAUUUUGAACAGACCACUGCCAAGAAGUUGAGAGAAAGCUACUGUGUGCAAAAUGGGUUGCUGCCUUCACCUAAAAAUGAUCCAAUAAACUAUUAUCCUAAAGGACUACAAGCAAAACUUCUGCUGCAAGAGUGGAAUAGAUUUUCCUUAAUAAAUUCAGGAUUGCUUGAUACUGACAUUGGAAAUGCUCUAGAACUGGAUGCUUAUCAUUUCCUUUAAUCUUAUUUUGCACAGAAUAGCUGGAAUCUGGCCCUGUAACAAUUAUGCCCCUUGGUCUUUGGCAAGGCCAGGUUUCUCCUAAACAGAGCAUUAGAGGAGAAAUAAGGUGGAUUUACAAUUUUAUCUGGUAGGAACAGAUGCACUGAAGGACAAGUAGGAUGUGUGUUUUUUAGAAAAUCAAACCCUAUGCGAUUGAGAUUUCACUGUUCAAAUUGGUCCCCUGCCAGUUAGUUUUCCCAGCAUGAUACAAUCUCAGCUUGUAAUCAUGCUAUCCCCUAAAGCCUUGAUGCCAUAAGGUUUGACCAAGUUCAAGUGGAAAUCUAGUUUGAACAAAAUGAGCAGCUAUUUAAAGCAGUCCUAAAACUCACAUUCAAGACCAACCCAAAGUAGUUUGGAUUUGGAAUUUUCUAGCACAGUGAAGCUAUAGCAUUUAAAGUCAGUUAAAUUGGGGGAAAUAAAGAACAAGGCUUAUGCAAGGAGCAAAUGUUGGUAAUAGACCACUUGAGCCAAAUAAACAGCCCUAUUUCAAGGAUGAGCUAUGAGCCACUACAAGAGGCUGACACUUUUUUUGUCCAGCAACUUGGGACAAUUUGCAGCUUGUGGGAUUUUUCUCAUUUACUCUCACUUGGGUCAAGUUAUCAGUAUCGAACAUUGCUUUGUCAGAAAAUUUCACUUAGUACCAUUGCAAAUAAACAGCUGAGCUGAUUAAAUUGCAUGUUAGGCAUAUUGUGUCUUUAUGGAACUAAAUUUUAAGCUUGAUCUGUUUUGCAGUUUGGGACACUGGACUGGCAUAUAAUGGGUUAAACAUUUAGACAGUGACUGUAUUUGUAUCAGAACAAUUGGUGCAGGCUGGUUGUCUAUCCCCAUGUACAUUACACUGUCAAGUUGCUUUAUUAAAUACAAUUUCUACUUAAA